CACCCUAUCUUUUGUGGAUAAGUUUUGUUCGUCACUGCCGCUCCUUGCUCCCCACUCCCCAGUGAACAGCGCAACCGCCCCUACUCAGCUGGGUGCAAGCCGCCACUCACCGCUGAGAACCUAAUAACCAGCGCCGGUAUACCUCAUGGGCAGGCCUCGCACAGGUCCAAUGGUGACCCGAACGGUACUCAUCACCACCGUACCGUGGCCGCCAAUCGAGCAAGAUCUAAAGGCAGUGGCGAUAGCGCAACCACUUCCAUUGCCAACCUCACUGCACCAGAUCAGCUGAAGAUGGAGGAGGAGGCCCCAAACAAGAGGAGCAAAGUGCACGUCCUCAUAGAUGAUAGAUGUCUUCACCCUCAUCCUCCAAUGCCUCACUGCCCGCACCAUGCGCACAUGCAAGUGUGUCUGUACCAUAAGGAGCGGCCCUAGAUUGUUUCCGGAUUCUUCUACCAAAGCUGGAAAGGCAGAUGCAAGUUCAUCAGCAUCAACGGUGAAUACCCCUCCUUGGCCUUCUUGCCCUUCCCCAUUGAGAAUGUUGUGAUCACAGAUUGCUGCCACGAGCUCAUCCUAUGCUGGUGCAUUGGGUAUCACUAUGUUGUCUGCAAUUUGGUGACUAAGAGCAUAGUUGUUCAUACUGAUUCGUUUCGACAAGGUCCCACUAUAGAGGAGCUCAUUAUUGAGGAUGCGCCAAUACUUGAGAGGCUUAUCAGUUUUGAGCGAUAUAGUAGGUUGCACAUAUCAGUGAUCUCAGCACCAAAGCUGGAAACCCUGGGCUGUAUUUUUGAGAAUAAUGACAAGACAAUGCUCACUCUUGGAUCUACGACAUUUCUGGGAAUAUGUUCUAUUGACAUGAGAGCAAUGGUGCCAAUGCACACUGUCAAGGUCUUAUCUGUGUUCCCUUUGUCUCUCUGUCUGGAUGAUGUUCUCAAUUUCAUUAGAUGUUUUCCGUGCCUAGAGAAGCUGUACAUCCAGCUGUCUUGUGCACAAGGACACAAGAACCAGUGGCCCCGUAAACACAGGAAUCUUAUCAAAUCGCUUGACCUUUGCCUGAAAACAAUAGUGAUGAUAAAUUAUCAGGGCGCAGCAGAACAAUCAGAAUUUGUGACAUUCUUUGUGGAGAAUGCAAGAAUGCUUGAAUCUAUGAGGUUUGUGGUCCCAAGUUAUUUCUAUCAUGACAAGAACUGGAUAAGAAGCCAGAAUAGACAGCUCAAGCUGGACAAGAGCUCUUCCAGAGGUUGUGGAAUCCGAGUGCUUCUAAACGAUUUUCCUACAAUGGCUAAGGGAUGAAGAAGAGGGGUUCCAUGGUGCACUGGCUACAAAGCUGAAGGAAACUUUGCCUUACAAGGUGUGGCAAUCUGAAGGAGCAGAGCACAUCUACCUCGUCUUUGUUAUGUAAGUCAGUAGGGAGCAGAACCUUUAUUCUCCUAUCUAUGUACCGCUCCUGUUAAUUCUUGAGUUGACACGGUUGUUAUGUUGUUGUACUCUUAUUGUCGUGGACAUGAUGAAUGGCGUUUAAUGUUUACAUCUGUAUGUUGUGUGUUCAGUA